UAUAUCGAAGGCAUGACCUUGAUCAAUACUAAGUGCCAUUCCACCGAUAGAGUUGUGCGUUGAUUGAGAAGGAACCUUUCUUAUUAAAUCAAAGACAGGUUGCAGAAGUACGUACAUAAUUCCAAAAUGCGUUGUUCGUUAAGGAACUUCGCAAAACUUACAUUCGUCAUUCUGAUGGUGCAUGUCCUUGCAGGGGCAUUUUAUUCAGUAAUUUUUGAAACAAAUCGAAGUGUUAACGAUUCCCAGAAUAUCAAACAGAUGAAAAGAGAGGCACUGACUAGACUUUUAGAGGAAAGAUAUCGGCCUUGGAAUUCUUCUGCUUGUACCAAGCAAGGUAGAAGAAAACCAAUUCAAUAUGUCGUCAAACAUCACCUUAUCGUGUCCGAGCGUUACAAAACACUCUUCUGUUUCGUUCCUAAAGUAGCAUGUAGCAACUGGAAACGAAUUUUUCACGUUUUAGAUGGACAUUUCAACUCGUCGGAAGAUAUCUCCCACGAAACUUCGCAUGAUUCAGGAAAGUUACGCUUUUUGAGACAUUAUUCAAACGCUACAGUAGUAAAUCACAUGUUAAAAACAUACAAAAAGAUUGCAUUUGUUCGCGAACCUAUGGAGCGAUUUCUGUCAGCCUACCGGAGUAAAUUUGCACCCGUUAAUCCCCCUAGAAGGGGAUUUUACUACAGCACCGGCCUAAACAUCAUCAAGAGGAUGCGGAAGAACUCUACAGGGUUAACUCCACAUUAUCCCACAUUUAAGGAAUUCGCAAAUUUCGCGAUUACUACGCCUGUUAGCUCUCAUGAUGAACACUGGGAUCGUCAGCAUAAUUUAUGCGCUCCGUGUGAUAUAAAUUAUGACUUCGUUGGCUUUUAUGAUAAUAUCAAAGCAGAUGCUGACCUCGCUCUUAUGUUGAUGGGAGCUGAUGAAGAGGUUACUUUCCCAAAUAUCGAAGCUGCACCCGAAGGACAAGGAUCACAAACGAAGAUGAAGACUUUCUAUUCAGGAAUAUCACAAGAAGAAUUUACACGACUGCAGAAUAUAUACGCAAAAGACUAUGACAUUUUUGGAUUCAAAAAGCCCAGUUAUCAAGAAAUAGUGAAUCCCUGAAUUUCUUCAGCAAGAAGGAAAAGGGGAGGCAAACCACAGCACGAAAAAGGAUUACUGCUUAAAAUGGCGUACAGCUGUCACAGCUGUACGCCAUUUUAAACAAUGUUUGUUAAUAUUGCCAGACACUAAAAUUUUAACCAACACAAACUUGAUAGGAAUUUGAUGAAACCGGUAAGCUCACUCACCUUUGAGACAAAAAUCACGUCGCAGAUAGAAGUAACUAAUUUUAACAUCUCAUUUCUAAUUGCGAUUUCAGAAAAUUAGAGCAGUUGUCUCCGGUUUUUAUUCUCCGUUGGUUUAAAAAAAUUCGCCACUCUCUCAACCAAUCAGAUGCAAAACUGAAACCAAAGAGUCUUCGUCAAUGACGUUUUCCCGCGGCUCCUUAUAAUAAUAAUAAUAAUAAUGAUAAUAAUAAUAAUAAUAGCAAUAAUAAUAAUAAUAAUAAUAAUAAUAACUUUAUCUAACGAGGGUUACACAAAGCAGUAAAUAUACUAAAGAACCAGUGA